UUGACUUUCUCCCUUCAGACGGCGCACAUAAACAAACCGCGUUACAACUCCACACACUUUAACAAGCACUCAUCAGGCUGACGCUGUCAGCUCACGGGAACGGACGCACUCCUCAUCCACGGAGUUUGAUUUGAUUGUUCUGUUUUGAAUUUUUUGUAUUCUUUUUUCUUUUAACGCUGUAAGAAAAGUCAGAAGAAGAUCCCACAACUUUUUUUACGUUUUUCCGAUGCCUUUUAAAUAACUACAAGAGCAUUUUGAGACAUUUUUCUUCUCAUUAUUUCAACUCUGCGCGGCUUUUCUGGAUGGGAAGGGGAUACUUCACGCAAGGUUCUUACCACAUGUAAAGACGGAACCGCUACAGCAAACCAGUUCGGAAGAGCGCGCCAAGCCGAGCUCGGAGCGAUCGGAUCCUUCCUCUGCGAAUCCCGCCGAGCCCUUUGCGCUCCAGGUUCAACGUCCCGGCCGCAGCCACGUCACCCCUAAACCCCGGACACCCAGCACCAUUCAGCGCGAGGCACUUUCACCAGAUCUAUGGCAUUCUGACAAUGAACAAGCGCGCUCAGUUAUUGGAACAGCUGCAGUUUGUCCAGUUGAAAUGCACACCUCGAGACAUGCCCUGUGUGCAGGCUCAGUAUGGGCCCGCCCCUCCAGGCUCAGCGUACACUGGCCAGUCCUUCAGUUACCAGGGUGACAGCUACGGUUCUGACCUUAUGACCCCUGACUACACCAAGUUGGACUUGAGUGGAAGCGAGAUCUCAGCCGCUGCCACCACUUCACUGCCCAGCUUCAAUGUCUUUGUGGAGGGGAGUUAUGAGCCCAAAUCUUCCUGCCUUUACCAGAUGCCCCCACACAGGCCCAUCAUCAAAAAGGAGGAGGAGAGCUAUCCAACUGCUCCACCACUGGAAGUCAUGUCCUCCUCUUCCAUGUACUUUAAACAAUCCCCUCCUUCCACCCCCACCACCCCAUCUCUGCCUCCACAGCCCAGCACAUCUUUCCUUUGGGAGGAGACAUCCAUGGUCCCUCAGUCACACCCUCACUCCCUAGGCUCAGGCCUGGAAACCGGGCCCCUCAAGUCCCCUCGCUUCCCACACUUCUACCAGCACUCGCCGCCUCACAGCGGGAACAUUGGAGGCUAUGACAACCUGGGAGGGGGACUGGUUCGAACCUCCUCAUCUUCCUCAUCAUCAUCAUCAUCGGUGUCUCAUCCUCACGGUCCACCUCUGGACCAACCCAUGUACCAGCUACACCGCGGGGCUGGGGGCAACAGCCUCGCCUUCCGCUCACUGGCUUUGGGACCAUGCGGCCCUUUGCUAGGGGACAGCCUGCCCUCACCGCCGCCUCGUGGUCCCCAAGGAGAGGGAACCUGUGCAGUGUGUGGAGACAACGCAGCCUGCCAGCACUACGGCGUGCGCACAUGUGAGGGCUGCAAGGGCUUCUUUAAGCGCACCGUGCAGAAAAACGCCAAGUAUGUGUGCCUUGCCAGUAAAAACUGUCCUGUGGACAAGAGGAGACGCAACCGCUGCCAGUACUGCCGCUUUCAGAAGUGCCUGAGUGUGGGCAUGGUGAAGGAAGUUGUGCGUACUGAUAGCUUGAAGGGACGACGAGGACGUCUACCUUCCAAACCAAAAAGCCCCCUGCAGACAGAAGCGCCUCCCCCAUCGCCACCCCUGAGCCUGCUGUCCGCUCUGCUCAGGGCGUAUUCCCACUGCACACCACGAGACCUUGACUACAGCCAGUUCAGUGCUGCUGACCCUCCAUCCGCCUCGUCAGACGCAGAGCACAUCCAUUUGUUCUACAGGCUGCUCACCAUCUCAAUGGAGACCACACGGUGCUGGGCUGAGCGCCUGCCCGGCUUUUCCGACCUUCAACGUGAUGAUCAGAACCUCCUCAUAGACUCCGCCUUCCUGGAGCUGUUUGUCCUACGGUUAGCUCACAGGUCCAUGCUAUCAGAGGACAAGUUAGUGCUUUGUAAUGGCUUGGUGCUGCAUAGGUUCCAGUGCCUUCGUGGAUUCGGAGAGUGGUUGGACUCCAUCCGUGACUUCUCCAACCACCUCCAGAGCCUAAACCUGGACGCUUCAGCCUUCGCCUGCCUGGCCGCCCUCGUACUGCUCACUGAACAAGUUCCCGGUCUGAAAGAACCAAAGCGGGUCGAGGAGCUACAGAAUAAAGUCAUUUGUUGUCUCAGAGACCACCUGGGCUCCAGCCCGUCCUCGUCCUCCUCGUCGUCAAAGGCCGUGCCUCCACUGAGUCGUGUUCUGGGUUUGAGGGCAGAGCUCCGUUCACAGAGGACCCAAGGCCUUCAACGAAUUUUUUACCUAAAGCUGGAGGACCUGGUACCACCUCCACCUUUGAUUGACAGGUUUCUGGACACUCUGCCCUACUGACAGACCAGGCUGAACGCAGAAGAGUACUUAUGUCACUGCCUGGUCAGGCCUUACCCCUCCAUGUGCCCAGAUGAGAAACAAACUCUCUGAUGUGGAGCAGCAGGAGCCAGCCGAAUGAGCUCCGUGUGAGAGCUCUUUUAACAGAAAACGAACAGCCAACAGAAUGCUCUUCACCUGUAUAAAAGACUAUUACGCAAAUGCUUUACCACUUUUUUUUUAAUCCUCAUGUUUUUUGUCACUUGAGAGACAAUGCUAAGAUGCAGAUGGAGCACUGCAAAAAAGAAAUUUUACUGCCUCUCUUUAUUUGGGUGGCAGCUCACUCUACAAAAACAGAAAAGAAAAAAAAUCAAUCAUUAGUACUGUUUAUCUCUGUUUUUGCCUGGCUUUUUCUUUCUGCCUCUUUUUUUGAAUCAAAGGUGAGGUGACAUAUUUUCUGAACUGGUGAUUUCACAAUGACAUCCAGAUUACCUCCUGCUGAAAUGAAGAAUGUUUUUUUUUUUCUUUGUUUUAGCCAGAUGACAAAAUAACAGAGGAAACAUGUCAGCGCAGAUGCAGAUAUUUCAUCAUCCUAAAGGUUUCUGUAGAUGUGGGCUCCUAAUUACAAGUGCAAUUUUAAGUGCUGUCUCGUAAUAGUGAGAGACGGAGGAGGAAAAGUUCUGUUUUCAAACUCUAAAUUAUUUUAAUACAAAGACUUGACCUGUGCUGCCAGUAGCUGAACUGAAGAGAUGCCUUCCCCAGCCAGCUUUACACAGCAGAAGCGAAACUGUGCACUAACAAUUGAUGACUGAGUCACCCAGACUGGAACUUGCUCCGCCAUGUGUUUCUAGAUUUUUGAAAUCACUGGUCAAGAGAGAUCGUGGACGGAUGAACAUGAUCGGCUUUUAAGGCACUUACACUCAAGAAGGGCACGAGGCGUAGACACACACCCUCUAUACUCACCAGGACGAUGAUGGGGAGUCACGAAGACAAGGGUGCUCGACAGACAGCUGCUCGCUCAUGGGGUGAAACAUUCCACAUGUAUGUUUUUUUUUUUCUUAACAUUUCUAUUGUGGAGACUGUGUGAAACAGUGGAGGACAUAGUGUAUUUGUGUACAUUUUGAAAAGUCAGGAACAUGUGCAUGGUGCAGAAGCUGUUAUGGGGUUGCUAAAAGCGUUUCUGAACAGCCUGGCCCAUGUUUGUGUGUCUCAAACUGCAGAACUAUGGGGAUCUCCCUCGGCCUCCACCACCCACUCACACCCUCACAGCAGCCGUUUGAAAAUGAAAAACGCAAAGUCUAUAGAUAUAAAUAUAAUAUAAAUAUAUAAAUAUAUAUAUUCAAAACUAAUAUUUUGAAGUGUUUUUAGCUUUUUCAAAUAUUGUGGUACGAGUUGUGUAUUUGUUUUUUUGUUUGUUUUUUGAAAAAAAGAGAAAUGAGAAAAAAAAGGCUGUUUUUUCAAUGUCCCUCCUCUGUUGGAGUUUCCUGUUUAUUUUCUCUCUCUUUUGUUCACUGGAUUUUCUGUUCAGCACUUUGAAAUCAUAAACUAGUUCUGAUUAUUCUGACCCUA